GACUCUCUAGUCAGACCCCCCACCAUAAACAGCUGCAACAACACGCUGGUCUUCCUGGGAACAGAGCAGAGAUGUGAACAAAGUCAUUUUGACAGAUCAGCAGGUCUGAGGGGGAACCUGAGCAUACUCAUCUAUAACAGGUUUCCUGUGUGUGCCUCGAACUGAAGACGUACGAGUGUUUAUUCCUCAAGAUUUGGAGUUUACAAACCGAUCGGAGAAGGAUCUGCCUCACUGCUUGUGCAAAAUAUCAUUUUUGAGCUCUUUUUUUCUAGGAAAGUUAAAGAAGGUGAGUGAAAUCCUCUUUCUUUCUUUCUUUCUUUCUUUCAGUCAUUUAGAUCAAUUGGUUUUAUUCAAGAAUUAUGCACUUCACAAGAAAGAAGUUACCCGCUUAAUUCUUGGAGAUAAUUUAUUGACUUGCUGCUACUUGUACAAGAUUUUGUUUGUUUUACACGAAUUAAACUGAAUAUCUUAGUCGGUUUGACACCAUUGCUUAGGUGUAAAACUGCACUUCUCUCAAACGUGUUCGUUGGAAAUUUAUCACAGGAUAUCAAUACCUUUUGUUGUGGUAAGGUGCCUUCCUGUGUCAUCUAGGUGUUGUUGCCUUGGUUACUAAGUAGAAGGUACCAGUAAGCAGGCGUUUUUUUUUUUUCACAACAGUCAGAAGGUGAUAACUAAGAAUAUUACGGUAACUGAAGACACAAAAUUUCUCACUUACGCUUCUCAUCUGUCUUUUUCCACCACAGGGACAAUCUUUCUGCUGCAGAAGCCCAAAAUAUGGGGAUCUGCCCCAUCAGAUGUCAUUCCAACAUGACGAUCCUGGAAAACUUAUCUGAACCUUCAUCUCAAGGUAUUUUUUACUGUUGUUUAUACUCACAGAACAAAGGGAGAAUGCAACAAGCUGAACUUAGUCAGUGUUCAUCUCCUUUUUUCCUCCUGCAGACCUCCAUGAGACUAUGAUUGUAUCUCUUUGCAACUACCCAUCCUUUGGAAAUACAGAUAUGACCAUGUGUUUUGGAGAACAACUCACCGUUACAUCAGAGUAUGUGACUGAAGUUCAAAUGUUUCCUCUUUAUGGUGUAUACCCUAACUCAGUGGUUCUCAAGUCCAGUCCUCGAGCCCCCCCGUCCUGCAUGUUUUGGAUGUUUCCCUGCUCCAACACACCUGAUUCAAAUGAUCAGCUCGUUAUUCAGUCAUUACAGAGCUUGAUAACGAGCUGAUCAUUUGAAUCAGGUGUGUUGGAGCAGGGAAACAUCCAAAACAUGCAGGACUGGGGGGAGGGGCUCGAGGACUGGAGAACCACUGCCCUAACUGAUGAAAUAUUAAUUUUUGUAAUGUUUAUUUUCUUGCAGUGAUGGUGAUUUUAUGAUGGUGAGAUCCUCCACAACAGGCUGUGAGAGCUACAUUCCCACCCAUUACACCGCCAAGGUGACAAACAGGUAAGGUUACCAGAAAACAUAGAACACAUGUUGAGGGUCACCAUUUGCGUGUGAGAAAAUGAGAAAGCAGAGGUGUAGUAGUUCAAAGGUAAAAAGAAAGGACGGGAGUUCCCUGAUGGGUAGGAGGAUUCUCUGUGUAGGUGAUCGUUGCCUCAGUGGAGAGGCAGGUUUGGAACCACACUUUCUGUUUUCUCUGGUGCCAUGACAUCAGUCUCUCUGCCUCCAGAAGUUUCAGACCUCUGAUAUUAUUACAGUGGAUUUUCCAAACUUGAAAUACAUAAUUAUUAAUUAUUUUUUUGUCCUUUCUUAGGUGGUUAUUCACAGGCAUCAGCAGGAACAAAGCAGUGGAACUGUUAAUGCAGCCUCAAAACCUGAGUGGAGCUUAUCUGAUCAGAGAGUCAGAGACAAAUGCAGGUCAGGCGUGUGUUUUCUUGAUUCUUCUCUAUUUUGUAAAUCACAUCGUAAAUCAUUUUGUCCAAACUGUAUAAACACUUUGUAUGAGGUUUUAGCAUUAAUAACAAUUUAAUUCCAUUAAAUGAAAUUAAAUUUAAGUAAUUUUCUCCUAGAAUUGACAUUUAAACAGCUUGAUUUCUUUUCAAUAAAACCAUUAGUUUACAGAAAUAUUGGUUAAAGCUGAACUGUUGCAUUGAUCUGGUGUUUCAGGUGGUUACUCGUUGUCUGUCUUGAAGAGGACUAACUCAACAUAUAUGGACUGCAUAAAGCACUACCGCAUCUUCAAACUCCCAAAUGGUUGGUUCUACAUAUCCCCACGGCUAACUUUCCCCUCCCUGCAACACCUGGUGGACCAUUAUUCAGGUUAGUACUGAUGCUGUGGUAUUUGUUGUGUCAAAGGUAAGAACAUCUCCACUAAAGUGAUGUGAAAAUGUUGCCUUUUUCUCUUUUAGAGUGUAUAGAUGGACUGUGCUGCCGGCUCACUGGACCGUGCUUUAUCAAGGGUUUAAACGAUCCCAGAGAGGCCAGGCCUGUACCAACAGCUAUGAGGAGGCCAACUUUUAACUGGAAAGACAUUAGCAGGUGAUGGAUGUGUAAGGUUUUGAGAGUGAGGACUAAAAUGACUAAAAAUAAGAAGCUGCAGUGGAUAAAUAAAGGAUACAAAAUGCAGCCUUCAAUAAACCACAGUUAUAAAGGGCACACAUGAGUGGGCCAGUUAAUGUAUAUACAGUCUUUGAAACAGCAUUCAGAUUUAUGACUUUUUGCUAAAGCAGAUACUUAACAGCUUUUCAAUCUUUUACCCAUUCAGGUCUUUAAAACCCUUUUUUAUGUCCAUCCCAGGUCAAUGAUCAUGCGGAGGAAGAGAACAGAGUCAGACAACUCUCUGGUGAGUGAGGGGCUAAGAGAGGCCAUCACUUCCUACCUCCAAUUGACAGAGGGCAGCGACAGCAGCUGGGACACAUGAGGAAAGGACCCUAACCCUGGACUGUGAGACAGAGCUCAGAUGGAUGAUAGUGCGCCCCUGUCUCCUCUGCAGCUUGAAAACAUUCUCGGAAGUGCUCACCAGCACACCCAAUCUGACUCCAAGGACAGCAGUGGAGAAUAUGAGAUGUGCUGAGACACUAAAAUGUUAGACGAUAUACUGAAAGACAUAUUUUUGUCUCCAAAGUGGAACCUGCAAGUCAGUGAGAUAAGAAUAAGAAGGACUUUAUUGAUCCCUGAGGGGAAAUUCAAUUGUCUGUCGUCUCAUUUGUCAUGUCUCUAAAGUCAUCUACUAUUUACAGAAGAGUUGUAAAGUCUGAUGGCUGUGGGUACAAAAGAUCGUCAGAAUCUUUCUGUCCUGCAGCGAAGAGAGAGGAGCUGUCCACCACUAUUGGCCCUUUGGUCCAUUAAGGUGUUAUGAAGUAGGUGAUCCAUGUUCUUGAGAAUAGUCUCCACCUUCCUCACUGUAGAUCUCUCCACCACAUCCUCCAGUGAGUCCAACUUGGCUCACAUUUAGUUUCAAGAAAUGAAUGUUUUUCUGACUCUAUCACUUACCAUUUACUGUAUCUCAAAAAUGUUAAGAUUUCUUUUGUGAGGAUAUUGUUGUCAUGGUUAUAUUAUUAUUGGCAUCCAAUAAAUGAAUAAGUAAGCUUGUGUAAGCUAUGUGAGAAAAUGAGAAACAUACACGAAUGUAACUUCAGAUGUGAAAGGUCGUGUCUAUGUUUUGAGUGUAAGCAUAAUAAACAAGAAGUUAUUAAUCCUUUUAGGC